AUAGGGAUCUAUGGCUGGCGGAAGCACUGUCUCUACCUGUUCAUUCUUCUCCUGUUCAGCAUCCUGGUGGUGAACUUUGCCCUGACACUGUGGAUCCUCAGAGUGAUGCAUUUCAACAUGGAAGGGAUGGGACUGUUAAAACUGGUAUCAAAUGGGGUAAGACUCAAAGGAGUUUCAGACUUCCUCUUCCCACUCUACGUCCAAGAGAUUCACUCCAGAGAGGACUCACCUCUUCUUGUUCACUCAUCUCGAAAUGUCACAUUCAGUGCCUGUGAUGAAAACGGGGAUCUGACGUGCACUGUAACUAUAGCUCCACAGAUAGUGGAAGCCUGUGGACAGCUCUUUAAGGUCAUAUCAGACAAUGGUGGCUUGAUCCUCUCUGCUGACAACACGGAGGUGGUGGUCGGGGCUGACAAGCUUCGAGUCACAGGACCUGAUGGUGCCUGGUUUAAACACUCUGUACAGACACCCCUCAUUACAGCGGAAUCCUUCAAAGACUUAAGGCUCGAGUCCCCCACUCGCUCCCUGAUCAUGGAUGCACCUAAAGGAGUCCACAUGAAAGCGCUGGCAGGAAAUAUGGAAGUUACAUCUAACGUGGACAUCCACCUCCUCACAAGGGAAGGAAUGCUGAUUCUGGAUGCUGAGACACUGCGCUUGCCCAGACUGCCCCAGGGGAAAGUAUCAGUGGCUGGAAGCACUCAAGGACUCCUCGAGGUGUGCGUCUGUCCUGACGGUAGGCUGUUUGUUUCACCAGCCGCGGAGGGCUCCACAUGCCACCAGAACAGCGAGGUAUGCUAAUGGAUGGCACC